UUUACCAAAGGCGCAUGCGUAAAAGACACAGGCAGUAAAGAAUUGCGUUUCCUUUUCAGGGGCCUAUAUGUGUGUGUGUGUAAAAGGCAGCUAUAGCCCCAGGGUGUGCUGCGCUUCCGUAACGCUUAAAAACGACUCGCUGUAGGCGGGAUAACUGGUCAAGAGUACGGCAAUACGCCGCAACAGUUGCGUUUUUCCGUGAAAAGUGUUCGUUUCCGCACGCGCUCUGUUUUUAUAAUAAUAGCGCGCUGCCUUAACGGUUUAGGUGUUGUAUGUACAUGCACGAGCCGAUCAUCUUUUGUCUGCAUUAAUGUUAGAGGAAAGCUCCGGAAGAUCUGUUAUUGAAUGCAGAUGAUAAACACAGGCAGUAGAUGAGCACAUCUUCAUCUGCCUUUGCGUUCUGGAGGAUUUGAACCUUUCGCUGUAUCGAUCCCAUACAUGGACUAAGUGGACAAUCCAAAAUAAUCGACUUUACGUUUAAAUCUACCGUAGACAGGUAUUUGGCCGCUUCUGGCUGCAGCUGUACGCCACGGGGCUCAGCUCUGAUGUUACGGGUUGAAACGGGUCGACUGUGAGAAGUUUUCCCACAGCUAUGUCUACCUUAGAGUCGACCUGGCCUCCGGGCACAGAAUGUGUGGCCAGGUACAACUUCCCCGGAUCGACAGACCGGGACUUGCCAAUGUCCAAAGGAGAUGUAAUUACCAUUAUUGGAGUCACAAAGGAUCCCAAUUGGUACAAAGCAAAAAACUCAGCUGGACGAGAGGGAACCAUACCAGCAAACUAUGUUCAGAAAAGGGAAGGUGUGAAAUCGGGCGGUAAACUGAGUCUUAUGCCAUGGUUUCAUGGAAAGAUCACACGUGAGCAGGCCGAGAGGCUCCUCUAUCCCCCAGAGACGGGCCUCUUUCUGGUUCGUGAGAGCACCAACUACCCCGGCGACUACACCCUGUGUGUCAGCUGCGAUGGCAAGGUGGAGCAUUAUCGCAUCAUCUACCACAACGGCAAGCUGUCCAUUGAUGAGGAGGAGUAUUUUGAAAACCUCAUGCAGCUCAUGGAGCACUACACUAAUGACGCAGAUGGAUUAUGUACCAGACUCAUCAAACCUAAACUCAUGGAAGGGACCGUGGCAGCCCAAGAUGAAUUUUCAAGAAGUGGCUGGGCUCUGCAUAGGAAGGAACUGAAUCUUCAACAGAAGAUUGGAAAGGGAGAGUUUGGGGAUGUGAUGGUCGGAGACUACAGAGGCCAAAAAGUAGCGGUGAAGUGUAUCAAACAUGAUGCCACAGCGCAGGCCUUCGUCGCAGAGGCUUCUGUCAUGACGCAAUUACGGCAUGAUAAUUUAGUGCAGAUGCUGGGCGUGAUUGUGGAGAAGGGAAGUCUCUUUAUUGUCACGGAGUAUAUGGCCAAGGGCAGUCUAGUGGACUAUUUACGCUCAAGGGGACGCAGUGUUAUCGGUGGAGAUCGUCUCAUUAAUUUCUCUAUGGACGUGUGCAAGGCGAUGGAAUAUCUGGAGGCUAAUAACUUUGUGCACCGGGAUCUCGCAGCACGUAAUGUUUUGGUGUCAGAAGAUAACAAAGCUAAAGUCAGCGACUUCGGCCUGACCAAGGAAGCUUCGUCUACUCAAGACACGGCCAAACUCCCGGUGAAGUGGACUUCACCCGAGGCCUUAAGGGAAAAGAAGUUUUCCACUAAGUCAGACGUAUGGAGCUAUGGCAUCUUACUGUGGGAGAUCUACUCCUUUGGUCGCGUACCAUAUCCAAGAAUUCCUCUGAAGGACGUGGUCCCGCGCGUAGAGCAGGGUUAUAAGAUGGACGCUCCGGACGGCUGCCCGCCGGUGGUGUACGACAUCAUGAAGCAGUGCUGGACUCUGGACACUGUGGUACGACCCAGCUUCAAAGAACUGAGAGAGCAACUGCAACAUAUCAUAACAAAUGAGCUCUAUCAAUGAAAGCAAACGAACUGAGGGAGGCAAAACCUAAACAUCCCAUCUGCCUCCACAGGACCACAUUCUCAUACAAUCUGACCAAAAUAUAUUCUUUAACCAGUGGACUGGAAAAACAUGAGCGGAAAUUUUCUUUUGCAAGCACAUUCGUUUUUUUUUUUUAUUGUUUUCAUGCCUUUAUUUUUUUCUAUUGUUCUUGGGGAGGCUGGCCUUCUCUAUAACAACCUGAAACCUUGAUUGAUAAGAUGCAGCCUCCUCCAAUCGCCUUCAUAUGCUCUUCCAUUGUGGACACAUGAUUGGUGUAGCUACCUGCUGUCAUUCCCAAUAGUCUAAGCAGUUAAUAAAAAAGAUAGUAAGUAUAAAAUUAUUAUAACACAAAAAAUGGGUAAUAUUUUCUUUAAAAAGGCUCAAAAUUUGGCUCGUGUGCAUGUGAUCAUCCCAAACGUAAGAUUGAAGUAGCCAAUAGCAGCACAGGUUGGAUACAGAUCUGACUGCAAUCUAAUGUAUUCCUCGAAGUCAGUUUGAGCCGUUUUAGAUUUUGAGCUUAAUGUGAAGUUGAUGCUCAAAGAUUUAGCCAAACCCAUCUGUAUACAUGUCUAUGUAAACAUUAUCAUUAGUAACUUGAAAAAAAAAACUGUACAAACAGUUAAAAGGUAGCUAAAUGGAAGAGUUUUCUAUGUCAUUGUGCCUUCACACCACAAAAGACUUUUAAAUCUUUUUAGCAGUGCAUUGUUUAAACUCUCGGAUUUAAUGAUAUCUUGCUUAUCUUCCCAAAAAAGGGAUUUUGCGACGCAAGAACUCAUUUCUUUUAUGUAAAACCUGGUUUUUGACCAGUUGUGGUUGCCACAAGUAAUAACCAACGGGACAUUUUGUCGGUUUCCUGGGUUCGUUUCUAGUCCCGCCCUCAUUGGUUUACAAUUCCACUGCAUAAUUCUACACGUAACUAUAUUAAACAUUAAAUAUGUUUCAACUGGCUGUGAAUCUUUAGCGUCGCACGUAAUUUUUACUGUUAAGUGUUGAAAGGCAAAUUAUCUGCGUGUGACCCUCAGAGCUGAAGAGAUGAAUAUAAGUGUUUUAGGCCACACGUUGCCUUUAAAUAGAGAAGAGAGGGUUGCUUAAAAGGAAACUGAGAAUUUUUUAUUAUUCAAAAUUUAAAAAAGUUGUACGAUGAUAUGAAUAUAGAACUGAGAAAUAUUUGUUAUGUGAGCUGGUUGGACUGUGCAUGCUGUGUUACAAGCCUUUAUUUUACUCGCAGUGCUUUUGAUAUUUUCUUUGCUGCCGUAUUUCAGAUAAAAUCAUUCCACUGAAACCGUUUGAUAAAAACAAAAGGUAAAUGACAAAAAACAUAAUAAAAUGGCUGGAAAAAUA